AUGAAUGAGGAAUAUUUUAAUCAACUUUAUGAAUAUAGUCGAUGCCUUCUGGAUGUACACACUGCGGACGUGUUCGGAAUAACAAGAGAUCGUACUUCAAAUUUUAUGUUUGUAAUGAAAUAUUAUGAGAAUGAAGAUUUACAUUCCUAUCUUGAUAAAGCGCAAGGAAUGACUUGUUGGAGAGAUAUUGUAGACUUCCUUUGGGGAGCGUCCAAAGGUAUCCAAAUAAUUCAUGAAAAUGGAUUAAUUCAUAGUAAUAUUCACGGAGGCAAUCUAUUGGUUGAAAAUAUGCCUGAUUUAAUAUCCGAACAAUUUGAUAUUGCCGAGGAGAAGAAAUUUUCAAUGUUGGAAAGUAAAGAGGUUUAUCAGAAAAGUGUCCAUCCUGAAGCUUUUUAUACAAGUAGGCAAUUGUAUUUUCCUGAAUUAAUUAAUAUUUAA